AUGACCACAAUCCUAACAUCCCUCCUCGCCCCCCUCGCCCUCCCCUUGGGCUCCUUCCUCGCAAUCCCCAUGCUAUCCUCCUGGUCCACAAGCCUAAACCUCAUCUUCCUCUCCCUAGCCUGGACCACCAUCGCCGCAACCUACUCGCCGCUACAACUAGAGCUCUUUGCACCCCUGAUACUACGCAUAUCCUUGUACAUGAUCCCCUCGCUCAUCUUCCUCGUUUUUGACAUCGGGGCGCCCAGUCUAGCGGUCGAGUUCAAGGCGCAGGGGAGAGGGGGGAUUGCGACGGAGCAGAGGGGAGGGGGUAGGGUGGUGAAGAGGGUGGUGGGGUGGAGUUGUGGGAAUGUGGUUUUGGGGGUGGGGGUGCAGCUGGGUUUGGAAUGGUUGGUGACGGAGGUGUUGGGGAUGAGGAGUUUGCUGGUGGUCAAGGGGAGUAGGUGGGGAUUCAAUCAUUUGCCGAAUCCGUGGACCAUGGUCAAACAUGGUAUUGCUGGCUUGCUGUCGCGCAAUGUUCUGCAAUACUACAUCCACAGCCAACUCCUACAUUCGCCCACUGGAGGCCUACUGUCUGAUUUCCAUCGGUCAUGGCAUCACAGUAUCAGAAUCCCGUUUCCCUUUGUCGCCAAUUACGAUCAUCCCCUGUGUCAUUUGCUGCACCGCUUUCUACCCCUGUAUUUGCCAGCCAUAGCAUUGCGCAUGCACAUUCUGACCUAUCUCAUCCUUGUCGCCAUCUUCAGCCUGGAAGAGACGUUCGUCUACUCAGGUUACAACGUCCUGCCAUCCACAAUCAUGUUACGAGGUAUGGCACGACGAUGCGACGCGCACAUGCUGAGUGAGGGCGCGGGUAACUUUGGCUGUCUCGGCGUACUCGACUGGUGUCACGGCACAACGCUAGGAAAGGACGUCGUGGACGAUUUGAAGGCGGAGAUGGACAAGCACAACGCACGAGACCCAGUCGGGCGAACCAUUGAUGGCGCAGGCAAUGCAGCCGAUGGAUUGACGGAAAGGCUGGGUGCAAGGGUUAGAAAGGGCAGAGGGAGCAGGUACGUAGGAGCAUUCUUUCGGGCCUCUCAAGUCGUUCGUGAUACCUAUCAAUUGCUUGUCGUUUAUGGCACUCGUCAUAACUAG